AUGGGAAUCUGUUACUCGUCAACGGGGAAAGAGGUAAGAGAAGCUGAGAAUGGCGAGGGGCAUGGAGUUGGGAAUCGGUGGAGGAAGAAGAGCAGAGAUAAGAAAUCCGGCGGCGGGGAUCAGGAGAGUGUGCUGAAUCACAUUCCUGGUAGGAUUGCUGGAAAUGGUUCAAGUAAAAUCGCCUGCUUGCAUACCCAGCAGGGGAAGAAAGGAACCAAUCAGGACGCCAUGGUUGUUUGGGAGAAUUUUGGAUCCAGAAAUGAUGCAGUGUUUUGUGGCGUAUUUGAUGGUCAUGGUCCUUACGGCCAUAUGGUUGCCAGAAAAGUUCGGGAUUCACUGCCUCUCUUAUUAAGUAAUCAGUGGAAAGCUGGUAAUGAUGAGGAACAGAAUGGCCCCCAAAAGUCAGAGAACACUCCUGGGACUACUACGAAUUCGGAGGAGACUGGUUCAGCAUGUGGGGAUGAUGAAUCAUAUGACUCAAUGGAGGUUGAGGAAAGUGACAAAGUCCCUGAGAUGUAUCUGCCAUUGAAAAAGUCGAUGUUGAAAUCCUUCAAGCUGAUGGAUAAAGAGCUGAAGCUGCAUCCUAUGAUUGACUGCUUUUGCAGUGGGUCGACUGCUGUGACUCUGAUGAAGAUGGGUGAGGAUCUCAUUAUUGGAAAUGUUGGUGAUUCUAGAGCGGUGCUGGCAACCAGAGAUGAAGACAAUUACUUACAUGCUGUUCAAUUGACUGUUGAUUUGAAGCCUGAUCUGCCAAGAGAAGCUGCCAGGAUCCAUCAAUGUAAAGGAAGGGUCUUUGCGUUGCAGGACGAGCCAGAAGUUGCACGCGUGUGGUUGCCCAAUAACGAUUCCCCAGGUCUAGCUAUGGCUCGAGCUUUCGGUGACUUCUGCCUCAAGGAUUUUGGUUUAAUCUCCGUACCUGAUCUUUACUACCGUCGUCUCACAUCGAAGGACGAAUUCAUCAUUCUCGCCACUGACGGGGUUUGGGAUGUUCUUUCCAAUAUGGAAGCUGUGGAUAUCGUUGCUUCAGCACCUGGUCGCUCAACUGCAGCUCGGGCGCUGAUAGAUUGUGCUGUUCGAGCUUGGAGACUAAAAUACCCCACUUCCAAAAACGAUGACUGUGCUGUCGUGUGCCUCUUUCUCGAUCAUCCACUUGCAGAACAUGGUACAGAGAACAAAGAUAUUAUGUCCACAAAUGAAUUGAAUGAGACAUUAGCUCAAACAAACACAGUCUCGGCGGACACAGAAAUGCAAGACGACAGUUCCCGUGAUCACGUUCUCAUGCAUUCAGGAACCAUAAGGCCCUGCGAAGAGAUUGUUCCGGUGUUCGAGCCUGCAGAGGCAAAAAUGACUGCAAAGAGCCAGUCAAAGAGGAGCUUGGCAGAGUGCAUUUCGAGCACUGAGGAAGAAGAGUGGUCGGCAUUAGAAGGGAUCACCAGGGUCAAUAGUCUUUUAAGCAUUCCCAGGUUCUUAGCUGGGGAUAGAAGAUCAGCCAGUUGGAGGAAAUGGUUAUGA